AACGGGAAAACAGAGGUGCCGUCCCACACAACGGACGGGAUCGGGCUGAUCGAGAAUCCAGCCCUGGAAGCUUUGCAAAUUCCAACCUCUGGCACGCAGCUGUGGCACAACCUGACAUUUUUAACCACGAACCCGCUGCGAGAAGGACUUGUAGGUUAUUUCAACCAUACUUCGUUUUAGGCCCGAGUUCCACCAAGGCAAUAAUUGGAUCAAUACCUCCCACCGCCCGAUCGCAGAAUUUUUUUUUUUUUUUGCGCCGCGCGGGGCAUCGACAUCAGAGCCCCACAUCUCAAGCCACCGCCCACAGAACUCUACAGUCCUGCGAGCAUUGCGAUUCUUGAGCAGCAGCUAAUUACUACCAAAAGUCGGAGGAAGUCAUCGACUACUCAGGUUACCAGCCGUGCCCCAAGAUGGCGCCAUCAUUCGACCACCUCCAUGAUGAGGACCUCGACGAGGACGAGUUCGAUGAGGACGAGAUCGACCUCUCGGACCUCCGCGAAAAAUAUGAAGUCCAGUUGGAACAGGGCUACGACACCUUCGUGGUCAUCGACGGCCUACCCGAGGUUAACGAGGAACAGAAGCCGAAGUUGGUCAAGUUCCUGUUGAAAAAGCUCAACCAGGUCGGCAAGACAAGGGAGGAUCUGGUCUUCAUGCCCAUGGGAGAAGAUGGCAAGUCGCUCAGGUUCGCCUUCGUCGAGUACUCUUCUCCGGGAGAGGCUGCGGCCGCCGUGCGGCAGCUCGACAUGGUUCCCCUCGACAAGAAACACAUUCUUCGCGUCAACAAGUUAACCGACGUUGAACGGUACGGCCGGGAAGGCAGAAUUGACGACGAGUACACCCCACCCAAGAUCGAGGAGUUCGCCGAGAAGGAGCACUUGCGGUCGUUCUUGGCAGAUCCCAGCGGCCGGGGAAGGGACCAGUUUGUCAUGUACAGAGGGGAAUCUGUUUCCAUUUGUUGGAACAAUGAGAAGGAGCCUCCCGAGACCAUUGUGGACCGACAGCACUGGACGGAGACGUUUGUGCAGUGGUCGCCUCUCGGCACAUACCUUACCUCGGUGCACGCCCAAGGUGUCCAGCUCUGGGGCGGCCCGUCGUGGACUAGGCAGAGGAGAUUCGCACACCCUUUCGUCAACCUUGUCGCCUUCUCCCCCAACGAGAAUUACCUGGUGACGUGGUCAAAUCGGCCCAUCUCCAUCCCAGACGAGGGUCACCCUUCCCUGUCUGUGGACGAUGACGGCAAGAACUAUGUUAUCUGGGAUAUUCAGACCUCCAAGCCGCUCCGGUCUUUUGCACAGCUCGACGUGCCCGGUGCAGUGGAUGAACAUGGUAACCGGAAACCGCCGCCAAAGUUCCCUUGGCCCGCCUUCAAGUGGUCUGCCGACGACAAGUACGUCGCCAGGCUGACCCAGGGCUCCUCAAUCUCGGUCUACGAGCUCCCGCACAUGGGUCUCCUGGACAAGACGAGCAUCAAGAUCGAGGGCGUCAUGGAUUUCGAGUGGGCACCGGCAACGCCGCACCGCGACGGCAUCAAGACCUACGAGCAGCUGUUGUGUUUCUGGACCCCCGAGAUCGGCAGCAAUCCGGCCAAGGUUGGCUUGAUGAGCAUUCCUUCCAAGGAGAUUGUCCGGACCCUCAACUUGUUCAGCGUCAGCGAUGCCAAACUCCACUGGCAGUCCGAGGCCGCCUACCUCUGUGUCAAGGUGGACCGGCAUUCCAAGUCCAAGAAGUCGCAGGCAACCACGCUGGAGAUCUUCCGGAUCAAGGAGAAGGGCGUCCCCGUCGAGGUUGUCGACACCAUCAAGGACACGGUCAUCAACUUCGCCUGGGAGCCCAAGGGAGACCGGUUCGUCAUCAUUACGACCACCGAGCCGGUGGGCGUCACAGCUGUCCCGCCGAAGACGUCGGUUGCCUUCUUCUGCCCCGAGAAGGCCAAGGGCUCGGCUGUUGGCAACUUCAAGCAUUUGCGCACCCUGGACAAGAAGAACAGCAACGCCAUCUACUGGUCGCCCCGCGGCCGCUUUGUUGUCGUCGCCACCAUCCACAACCAGCAGAGUUCGGAUCUCGACUUCUUCGACUUGGACUUUGAGGGUGAGAAGCCCGAGUCCGACAAGGACCUCACGGCCAACCUGCAGCUGAUGAACACGGCCGAGCACUACGGUGUCACCGACGUCGAGUGGGAUCCUUCUGGCCGCUUCGUCGCCACCUGGGCCUCUUCGUGGAAGCAUGCGAUGGAAAACGGCUAUCAUCUUUACGACUUCAAGGGCGAGCAGCUAAGGGAGGAACCGUUGGAAAAGUUCAAGCAAUGGCAAUGGCGACCGCGCCCCCCGACACUGCUCACCAAGGACGAGCAGAAGACGAUCCGUAAGAACCUCCGGGAGUACUCUCGCGUGUUCGAGCAAGAAGAUACGGAGCGCAUCAGUAGCGCCGAUGUCGCCGUUGUCGAGCACCGCCGCCGCCUUCUCGAGGAAUGGCACGCCUGGCGUGCGUCGGUCGAGGAGGAAAUUGCCGAGGAACGUGCUGCGAUGGGUCUCCCGGAUGAUCCCGUGGCAGAAUUGCUCAAGGCGAAAACGGCCGAGUUGGCGCCGGAUGGCGAGGAAAAGGUCAUCGAGGAGAUCGUGGAGGAGGUGCUGGAGGAGUCGGAGGAGAUUGUCAGAUAGCCACCUCGAACCUGCUUCUAAAGGCUAUCACUCCGGUCUGCGUAUCUUAAAAGGCAAGGUACCAAAGACCACUGGUUGGACGGGAAGGGAUGGAUGGUCAUUUGUACUCGCAUUCAAGUUUGCUUUCCGCCACUCAAGAUAAGAUGCUAUUCGAGGGCUUUACAUCAAC